AUGUCGACCCCUAAGGAGCGGCGAAUCGUGAAGGAGCUGAAUGACAUUCGCAGCGACAAGGACAACUCGGGCGUCGACGCCUGGCCCGUCGACGAGUCGAAUCUCCUCCACCUCAAGGGCUCAUUCCCUGCUCCCCCAGAUACCCCCUACGCCGGCGGACAAUACGAGGUCGAUAUUAAGAUCCCGGAUAACUACCCGUUCAAAUCACCCAUCAUCAAGUUCGACACCAAGAUCUGGCAUCCGAACAUCAGCAGUCAGACGGGCGCCAUCUGUCUCGACACGCUGGGCUCCGGCUGGUCCCCGGUCCAAACCAUCAAGACCGCCCUCCUCUCCCUCCGCAUGCUCCUCGAAUUCCCGAACCCCAAGGACCCGCAGGAUGCCGAGGUGGCCAAGAUGAUGCUCGAGAACCCGGAGGCCUUCGCCAGGCGCGCCCACGAGUGGGCCAUCCGCCACGCCAACGCUCCCUCGGGCGAAUUCGACACCUCAAAGUACCGCAAGGAGCCCAGCCCGAAGCCGAAGGAGACCAGCGACGAGGACUACCAGGGUUACAAUAAAGAGCUCGUUGACCGCUUCGCCAGAAUGGGCUUCGCGAUCGACGCCGUCGUCGAGGCCCUCGACUUCGUGGGCAUCGACCGCAACGGUGGCAGAGACUUCGAGCUUGAGGAGGCAUACAUGGGCGACAUCAUCGCCCGACUACUGAACGAGAUUUGA